UUCACCAGCCGGCUAUCUUAUCUGAUAGUAAUAGUAGCGAGCUGUGCUCUCUUCAUCUCUUCCGUUUUUUCUUCUUCUUCAUCUCUUUCGUCUUCAUCUUCCCCGUCCACCACUGGGAAUAAUAGCCUCGAGUCUUCUCUGAGAGACAGACCGUGAGCAUCUCCAACAGAUAGCAUCGCCAUGGCUUCUACCGCGGUGCAUCAGCCUGAAAAGGCUCCCCUCCUGCGCCAUGUGACGGACUCGACCGAGUCGUCUGCCGCCGUCACCCCCCUGGACUCUCCCCGACCCUCGGCUUCGUCGACCUCGCUGUCGUCCAUGUCGUCGGUUGAUGUGAACGGCGUUGACGCCAAGGAGGCCGAGUUCGGCCGCCUUGUCGACACGUACGGCAACGAGUUCAAGGUGCCCGACUUCACCAUCAAGGACAUCCGCGACGCCAUCCCCAAGCACUGCUUCCAGCGCUCCGCCCUCAAGGGCUACUACUACAUCCUCCGCGACAUCGUCUGCCUGGCCACGACCUUCUAUGUCUUCCACAACUACGUGACCCCCGAGACGGUGCCGUCGACGCCCGCCCGCGGCGCUCUCUGGGCCGUCUACACCAUCCUGCAGGGCCUCUUCGGCACCGGCCUCUGGGUCAUUGCCCACGAGUGCGGCCACGGCGCCUUCUCCGACUCUCGCCUGAUCAACGACAUGACGGGCUGGGUGCUGCACUCGGCGCUGCUGGUGCCCUACUUCAGCUGGCAGAUCUCGCACCGCAAGCACCACGCGGCCACGGGCAACAUGGAGCGUGACAUGGUCUUCAUCCCGCGCACCCGCGAGCAGCACGCCUCGCGCAUCGGCAAGAUGGUGCACGAGCUGUCGGAGCUGACCGAGGAGACGCCCGCGUACACGCUCCUGAUGCUGGUCAUGCAGCAGCUGGUCGGCUGGCCCAACUACCUGCUCACCAACAUCACCGGCCACAACCACCACGAGCGCCAGCGCGAGGGCCGCGGCAAGGGCAAGCACAACGGCCUCGGCGGCGGCGUCAACCACUUCGACCCCAGCAGCCCGCUGUACGAGGCCAAGGACGCCAAGCUCAUCGUCCUGAGCGACAUUGGCCUGCUGCUCGCCUUUGGCACCCUCUACUACCUCGGCAACACCUUUGGCUGGUACAACAUGGCCGUCUGGUACUUUAUCCCGUACCUCUGGGUCAACCACUGGCUCGUUGCCAUCACCUUCCUCCAGCACACGGACCCCUCGCUGCCUCACUACACCGCCGAGGAGUGGAACUUUGUGCGAGGCGCCGCCGCCACCAUUGACCGCGAGAUGGGCUUCAUCGGCCGCCACCUGCUGCACGGCAUCAUCGAGACGCACGUCCUGCACCACUACGUGGCCACCAUCCCCUUUUACAACGCCGACGAGGCCACCGAGGCCAUCAAGCCCGUCAUGGGCCAGCACUACCGCGCCGACGUCAAGGACGGUGCCGUCGGCUUCAUCCGCGCCCUGUGGCGAAGCGCCCGCAUGUGCCACUGGGUCGAGCCCAGCGCCGAGGCCAAGGGCCACGGCAAGGGCGUCUUGUUCUUCCGCAACCGCAACGGCCUGGGCACCAAGCCCAUGGUUCUGCCCAAGCCUGAGUAAAGAAAGCUGGGUACCGGGAAAAUAGAGAGAAUUGUUUUAGAAUCUUGUCAUUUUGUCUUGCGUAUGAGUGGUCAUUUGCCAAAAGAUGUUUCAUUCUUUUUUUCUUAGCCCGAUGGGAUCGCGUAUCGCGAAGUAGACUUCGUUGCGCUGGUCGUCAUUUCGGCAGUGUCUUGGAGACGUUGUCCAGUCAGAAAAGAGAAGAGACCUAGAGCUAGAUGCAUGAUACCAAUAGAAACGAUCU